GGCUCUAUAUAACGAGGAUCAGGGUGAGCUUCAGCUCAGCAGAAGCUAGGAUCCAUCACUCUGAUGACAGCAAAGGAACAAGGACUUGGGUUGAUCUAGUGACAGACACGGCCAUGGCUAUGAGGGGACCCCACCCCUUGCUCCUGCUGCCCCUUGUCCUGCUGGUGGCCUGCCUGGCCCUGGCCAGUGGGCAGCCAUGUGUCAUGCAGAACAGACUGUUCAUUAUGCACCAUGUGAACUAUCCACGGACCCCAGUCCCCAAUCCCACAGCCUACUGCAACAUCAUGAUGAUGAGACGGGGAAUCUAUGGGAAGCUGAUCAACACCUUCAUCCAUGCAUCCAUCCCGUCUAUCAGCAACGUCUGCUUUUGGGGUGAGACACUCUUCCCAAGUGGUCUGCGCUGGAGUAACCAUCUCUUUGCCAUCACCACCUGCAUAUACAACGCAUCGACCCAUUCCUAUACCGGGACAUACCUUUCCUCGAGAAUUCUCAUCCGCUGCUGCCAGGGGGGCCCUGUGUACUAUGAGGAGCGGAUUUUGCUUCCACCCAGGAUAUAGAGGGCAGCCACAGGACCCUGCUAUUUCCCCUAAGCCCGGUCUGUCACUUUUACACAGGUCACGGCACCUGGCUCCUCACCAGCCUCUGAACACUGAUCAGAUUGUUCAGGCAUUUCCAUUCCUCAGCCUAGUCUAUACAAUAUAACCUCACCUCUGAUCCUCUGCUGCCUCUAGGGCCCAUUAAACAGUGUAGCCACUAAUUCCCCACCCCCACCCUCUGCUGCCCCCUAAGAUCCAUUAUUCAGGAUAGCCGCCCCUUCCCCACCCUCACUCUCUGCUGUCCCUAGUGCCCAUUAUAGAGCGUAGCUGCCCCUUCCUCCCCCCCACCCUCUGUUUCCCCUAGUGCCUAUUACACAAUAUCAUCACUCCUCACUUAUCUUGUACUUCCUGCUGCCAUAUAAUGGCCAUCUCAAAAACAUUUGUUUAAAUAAGAAAUAUCCACAAAUUUGACACUUCUGGUAUUGUGCAUUAAGUCUAACAAUGAGGAAUCCUCAUAUUCAUCAUGGUUAAGUAUUACUGGACACUUCAAUAUUUUGCCCCUUUCUGCAGUUCCCUGUGCUCCCUAAACUCCAUAAAGCCUGACACCUGAAAAGCAAUAACUGUGUUGUGUUAAAUUGAUGAUAGCAAGAACAUUCACCCACUGAACACUUAAGGAGUGUGCUGGAAAUGUGUUGUCAUAUUCAAAGGCUCCCGGAACAAGACAGGCACAAAUAUAAAUAGAUAGUGAGAGAUGGAUGUGUCAGGAUAGAUGGAUGGAGAGAGAGAAAUGAAUGUGUCUGAAAAUGGAUGGAUAGAGAGAAAGCAAUUUUUACACCAAUUUCCCAUGCAACCCCCAGUCUGGAUUCAGCUGUACCAGUAGAACCACGGAUCACACCAGUUUGUUUUAAUCUUCAUUAUUGACAGCCACUUGCCAUAGUAGUAUCAGCACCUUUCUAGUGGUAUUCAUUGCCAAAAAUGGAAAAACCCAAACUCUUGCUUUGGUGAAUCACAUGUUUCCUUACCUCAUGUUUCGAUUUUUACGUGGCUAUGGCUUAUGGCUGUUUGAAUCCUUUGGUUUAAUGAAUCUUGUGUGUCUCAAGUUAUGAUUCUUGUGUGUAUGUUUCUAUUUUGUGGGUGUGAGCCUUUUAAAUGUCUCAUCUUCUUCCUCAUGAGUGUUUGCAUCUUUUGUUGGAAGCAUUUGUCGUUUGGGUGGUUGCGCUUUUUGCUUUUGUUAGUCAGAACCUUCUCUGUGUCCGGGAUUGUUUCUUGUGUGUGUUUGUGUGUUCUGUGAAUACUUCGGUACUUUGCUCCAUGUAUCUCUUUCCAUAUACCGCCUUCCUUCCCUUGCCUAGACCCAACGGGGGACGAGGCCAAAUCUUUAACCCAACACAACCUGUU